AUAAAGUCAUAUUAUUAUAUUUUAUCACACUGUUCGUUCUUAACAAGUCUGCUCUGAACUUGAAAGAUAGUGAUCAUGAAUAGGAGAUUUGAUAUGUAACGUAAUAAGCAGUACCGUAUUUCAAAAAACAAAGCGCACACCUUUUUCAGUUACCAGCCUUUGAGCUAUGACGCCAACCAAUAAGAUCCUUUCUCUUCAGUGUAAACGGAAGUGAGCAGUUACCAAAAACAAUUAUCACCAUAGCGUUGUUAGUAUUGUUACUUAGACGUUUAUUAACACCUUUGAACUCAAAAUAUGCUUAACUGCACAGCAUUACAUACUUACCUCAGGUAGUGUUUAUUUCGCGUUGGAGACAGGACUUUGUUGCUAGAUGUUCUAGGUAAGGCUAGCUAGCUGCUAACAAUGGCUAACUGUAUUGUUUUUCAUACUCAAAUAGCCUCCGUCUUGGAGGUGCUAGCGAAUGCAGCCGUGGCAGAGAUCUGUAAACUCGUAGAUGACGACUAUGCAGUAUUUCGUUUGGAAAUAACCCAAAGCCAGAAAGAAAACAGGACAUUGCGGAGAAAACUACAGCUGCUGGAUCUGAAGGUGGCACGGGAGCGCGCAGAGAGGACCAUUCGUCCGAGUAGUGUCAAGAUCCUCGACCGAUACAGAGGAAUGGCAAGAGGUGAAGGACAUCUCACUGGAGGCCACAGGAGGGUUGUGAAGCCAGCCGGACACAAUACAUGGAGAAAUGACCAACCAACCACUGUUGAUGAGGAGAGUGCAACCUCAACCCAGCACGUUAUCGUGAUAGAGUCUGAAGAUGCAGAAGUUGCAGGUCCUGUAGGAUCGUCUCUGGUCAAGCAGGAGAGGACUGAAGGAGAGGAUCCACUACACAGCAAAGACAUCCGGGCUGGAGCAGCAGCACCUCCUGAAUACACGGAGGACCUCACCGCCAAACCCCAGCCCAGGGCCCGACACAGCAUUGCGGAGGAGGAGGGUCCGAAGGUGCUGCUGGGGAAGGAGGAGGAGUGUGAGGAGGGUCUGGGGAACCCUGAGUGGACCAUGGUCAUGGAGGACAACCAGACUACAUCUCCUCCUGAACCCAUAGAGGAACCAGCUGAGCAGCACAGGACCACACACAGUCUCACUGAGUCAGUAGACAUGGAGGAUGGAAAGCCUGAUCUGCUACUGGUCAAAGAGGAGACAAUAGAAGAUGGACCAGUGAGCAUUGAUCUGCUGAGUGGAGUAAAGAUGGGGGAGCAAGGUGGUUGGCUGGAGGCUAACAAAGGAGACUGGGCAGCCAUCUUGGAUUCCCAGACCCAGACGGGUGCAGCUAUGGGCCCAGGGGACAACAUCACCGAGCAGAGCUUGACUAGUGGCGACAUAGUGGAGUCUGCAGUCCAAGAGGACCUGCUGAUAUCCGGUGUUACUGGCGGGAGAGACUGGACCUGUGAAAGGGCUGGUGUCAAACCCUGGUCCCGGAUCUGGACCCUGGAUCAGGAGCCUUCACUCUUCCAUCCCAAGUCGGAACCAGGACCCAACCACGAGGGACAGAGACUCCUCCACACCACAGAACACAACCACUGGACAGGUGGACUGAACAACCUCAGUCCUGGUGGUCAUCAGAGAGACAGAGGCUCCAGUCAGGGAUCCAGUCUGCAGCCCAGACCCUUCUCUUUACAGUCUCAUUGCAGGGAUGAAGCAGGGCCUGGGGCUGAUAGAGAUGGACCCUCCUGUUCCUAUGAUACAAACACCACAGUAUCCAUAAAGAACAGAGCAGGUCACCCUGGGCUUCAGCCUUCACAGAGAGCGGUGGGAGACCCCCCUGGUGGGAGUCUAACAGGAAGUCUGUCUUCUCCUUCAGGGUCUCAUCUAAUCCCUGGUGACUGGGUUCAUAGAAGACCUGGGUCAAGCCUUCCUCAGGUACCUCAUGGUUACCCCACCAAUACAGACAGGGUCAGGAUGGGCGUUCACCACAAGAUGUACUUAACCUAUAACACAGGGCACCAUCCAAACAACACCCAAACAAUGGCUAGAGGUCAAGGAGGGAGCUCAAACACUAACCACCUGAGGGUGGUGGCUCCUGCUUCUACCUCCUCUGGUGUCAUUGAGUCACAACGUGGGAGGCAGAGCAUUAAGACAGACGCCGAUAAGCAGUAUGCCUGCCCCACGUGUGGGAAGCGCUUCUCUGAGGCGAGCUAUGUGAAUGAGCACCAGACCGUUCACACCAAGGAGAGGCCCUUCAAGUGUAAACUAUGUUACAAGAGCUUCUCCUUCCGGAGUAACCUUAUCAGACAUAGGAGUGUCCACAAUGGGAAGAAACCUUUCAGCUGUACCCAGUGUCAUAUGCGCUUCUCCCACUCAUCCAACCUGAAGAGGCACCAGAGGGUCCACACAGGGGAGAAAUCCUAAAGCUGCCCCCAGUGUGAGAACAGGUUCUCCCACCAAAACCAGCUGAAGAUGCACCUGAAGGACCACACUGGAGAAAGGCUGUUUGCCAGGAAGAGUUUCUCAGAAAGGAGCUACUUCGGGACAAACCAGCAGAAAAACAAUUCCACUCUAUAACAUAAAAAGUAACCAUUCCCCUCGAUAGCUUCUGAAGUUUAGAUCAAACCCUGCAUUAAAGACAAAGAAUAAUUUUCAUCGUCAGCAGAAAAGAUUAUUCCUGGGUAAACUACUGCAUCCAGACAUUGUGUGAUAUAUAAGCCGAAAAAUACUAUUACGUAUUGAUUUUUGUACUGUGUAGGCUAUAUGAUGUUCACAAUUGCCUAUUUUAUCAAGUUCAUGCAGAUUUUCUUUUGAGACAUUACACUAACAUUUUUAUAAAUUAGAAGACUUAAAAUUAGUGCAUUCAUCUUAAGAAAGCUGGGUAAGACAACCACAACAGAGUUAUAGGAAGUACAUUUUUCCUCAAAGUACUUCGUGCCUUCAGAAAGUAUUCACACCCCUUAACUUUUUUCCACAUUUUGUUCUGUUACAGCCUACAUGUUAAAUGUAUUAAAAUGGAUUCAGUGUCAAAGUGGAAAUGUGUUUUUCGC